CCUUUGCUAGUAAUUUCAUGUCUUGUCUCUUCAAUUAUAAUGGUGAAAACAAAAUAUUAUAAUGUUCAGAAUUUUGAAGUCAGUCUCUUAAACCAACCAAUUGCUUGUUUAGCCAGUCCCUGUAGCUAGAAAUCAACUCUAAAAUAAUGACUGUUUCAUCAAGUAUUUUGAGAAUGUACAUACCUUAGAACAGUAAUGUACAGUAACCGUAUGAACCGUAAUAUGGAUAUAAAGAAUUGUAUGCAUCCAAGGUGCCAAAGGCUUUGAUUAAUCAACUUCUAAUCUCCUAAUAAUACAAUGUUAGGUUUUGUUUCGGGCUAACUUUGUAUCCAACUGUGCUCCAUAUUUGGAAAAUGGACAAAAGUUUCGGUUUUGCUUUUCAUGAUUAUACAACUAGCAAUCCCUGCCACCCUCUCUGGUGUAGAUCCUACCAUUUUUUGUUCACCUACUGCCAGAAACUACACUCCUAAUAGCCAAUUUGAGAAUAAUCUGAAGCAGCUACUUGAGUCAUUGUCUUCAAACACUUCAAUCUCUGGCGGUUUCUACAACACCACUAUUGGAAAUAACACUGACAGAGUCUAUGGACAAGCACUUUGUAGAGGGGAUGUGAACUCUACAGUUUGUCGAAAUUGCGUCUAUGAGGCAAGCCAGGAGCUUUUCAAGAGUUGUAAUACGAAUGACGCAAUGAUAUGGUACGAAGUAUGUCAAGUCCGCUAUUCCUUCCAGAUGUUCUUUUCAUUGAUGGUUUACGUUGGAAAUUAUCCAAAGCAGGAUAGUCGGGAGAAGAGAGUGUCAAAUCCGGGCAGCUUUAGUCAUGUUUUGAUUUAUUUGAUGAAAAACCUGUCCGAUGAGGCUGCCUUUAAUCCUUCUAAGAAUAUGUUUGCAACUGGGGAAGUAAAAUUUUCAGGGAAAAAAAAUAUUUAUGGUCUGCAACAGUGCACGAGAGACAUCUCUGAAAGUAACUGCAAAACAUGUUUGGUUUCUGCUUUAGGGGAUCUUUGGGCUUGCUGCUCUUCUAGCCAAGGUGGUGCCGUUGUGGGUAGGAAUUGCAAUGUGAGGUUUGAGAUGUUCCGAUUUUUUGACGACAUGUCAAGCUCUCUGUUAAUUUACCCAUAUUCCGAAGCAGGAGAUAAACGGAAGACGUUGAAGGUGGUGCUUAUAUGUGCAUCAACUUUUCUAUUAGCAUUUCUCAUUGUCUGUUGUAAUGUCCAUCGCCAGCGGAAAAAGGGAUUAGAAGAAUUAAAGGAUGAAGAAAACAGCCAGCAUGUACUAUUACAUGAUUUGGCAAGCCCGACCAGCGUCACGAUCACAGAAGAUAGACAAUUGACAAGUUCUGAGGAGCUGGCCUUCAUGGAUCUAGCUGCUAUUAGGGUAGCUACAGAUGACUUUUCAGAUUCAAACAAGCUUGGACAAGGUGGGUUUGGCACUGUUUACAAGGGUUUGCUACAAAAUGGGAAGGAAGUAGCUGUUAAAAGACUGUCAAGAAAAUCAUGGCAAGGCUUGGAGGAGUUUAAAAAUGAGGUCAUACUCAUUGCAAAACUUCAACACAGAAACCUUGUGCGGCUCUUGGCAUGCGGCUUUGAAGGAGAGGAAAAGCUGCUUUUGUAUGAGUUCAUGCCAAAUAAAAGCCUUGAUACUUUUAUCUUCGAUUCCGAAAGACGAGCUGAACUCAAUUGGAAAACAUACUACAACAUUAUUGAAGGUAUUGCCAGAGGACUUCUGUAUCUUCAUGAAGACUCCCGGCUUAGAAUCAUUCAUAGGGAUUUAAAGCCCAGCAAUGUAUUGUUGGACCAUGAAAUGGUUGCCAAAAUAUCAGACUUUGGCUUGGCAAGGAUAUUUUGUGAACGUCAGAACCCCACUAAAACUAGAAGAGUUGUGGGAACAUAUGGAUACAUGGCUCCAGAGUAUGCAAUGGAGGGUCUAUUUUCUGUAAAAUCUGAUGUUUUCAGCUUCGGUGUAAUCUUGCUUGAGAUCAUUAGUGGGAAAUGGAAUAGUGGAUUCUACCUUACGGAACAUGCCAAGACACUCAUUGCAUACGCAUGGAGACUAUGGAAGGCAGGAAAAGAAUUGGAAUUUGUGGAACCUUUGUUGAUGGAAUCUUGCACAAAAGCAGAGGUUUUGAGAUGCAUGCACAUUGCGCUUUUGUGCGUCCAGGAAGACCCUGCAGAAAGACCAACCAUGUCAGCUGUGGUUGUAUUGCUUGGAAGUGAAUCAGUUGAUCUUCUCGAACCAAAGCAGCCAGCAAUAUUUGCUGUACGUAGAGUUCUUCCAGUUAAUGAGUCUAUAACUGAUCCUUCUGCAAAUGGUCUCACUAUGUCCAUAAUUGCGCCAAGGUGA